CUACGAUAUAACUUCUCGUAUUGGAUAUACCCUUUCAAUAAAGAUCAUAGAUCCUAGAUAUAACAUUACCAAUCAAACCGAUUACAUGGAGAUGAUUGCAUAUGAUAAACAAUAUGAUUUAAAUAUAAUGCCAUUAAGUGGACAACAAAUACAAUUCGAAGAAACACUUACUCUGAAGAACACGUAUUUUUUUGGGCAACCUAGAAAUGACAUAGCUCGCUAUGAUUGGGUAUUUGAUAGGUGCAUUAGGCACGCAUUGGUUCCAGAUGUCUUAAGUUACUUUGGUAGACAAAAAUAUACUGAUAUACCUUAUCUUGACUCACAUAUAUCGACUGUUUCGACUGCGAAUUCGGAUCUUCGUAAGAAUAUUCUCAUUAAUGAAUCAUGGUUUAUUACUGUACUUGCUUUUUAA